CCCCCCCCCCCCCCCCCUUUCUAUUUCUUUUUGGUACAAUUUCAUUGGAACUUUUUAUCCAACUCUUGCAAAGUUAUUUUUCCCCCUAGGAAAUAUGUACAUGAUCCCUUUUUUACCCUGGCACAGUGGUGGACAUCAAAACAUUUAGUCUCAAUAAUCAUCGCCUUCAUUCCAUUCCUUUUUCAGUUGCUCUAAUUUUUAGGUAGGCUUCCUAUAAUCUUCCAUAAGCGGAGAACUCAGAGACAUAAUUAUAAGUUCUAGCCAAGAAAUACAAUCCUGUUGAUAGCUUCAUCUAGAUGGCAUGAUACGUUUGCAGACUUGUAUAGGGCAUGACUGAAUUUUGUAUGACAUAAAAAGGUUCAGUUUGAAGCCUCUUGUUGAUGAGCUGGUUGUUCUGUGGCGGCUUUUGAAGGGUAGAGGAAAUGGCUCAUUGUGUGUUGAUUUUGUAUAUAUUAUUUUGCCUUUGGUUAUUGCUUUGCUCUGUUAGGUAUAUCUUGUAUGUGUCACGGCUUCCCCAAAUUUUACAUUAUUUCUCAAUUGGAGUGAAGAGCAAAGUUCUAAACUAGCUAUAUUGGUGAUUGAUGGUUCUUGUUGUUUAUUUAUGACUAUCCAUUUUAAGUUUUCCCCUGCGCAUUGUGAUGCUUUUUGAAUUUCUUACUCAUUUUACUUUCGGUUUUCCAUUUCUAAGAGAGGAAGCUUGCUCAUUAUUUCUUUUUUGGUUUCUUUACUAUUUUGUAUCCAAAUUCAUUAGGUUAUCUUUAUUGCUUUUGUUUAAUUUUAUCCUUACAACAGAUAUUGGGUAACAGAGAUGCAUGUGGAUGGCUUUCGCUUUGAUCUUGCCUCUAUACUUACAAGGGGUAGCAGUCUAUGGGAUGCAGUUAAUGUGUAUGGCAAUCCAGUGGAAGGUGACAUGCUCACAACUGGCACUACUCUCAGCAGCCCGCCAUUAAUCAAUAUGAUCAGCAAUGAUCCGAUACUUAGUGGAGUAAAGCUUAUAGCCGAAGCCUGGGAUUGUGGUGGCCUGUACCAAGUUGGCUUGUUUCCUCACUGGGGUCUCUGGUCAGAAUGGAAUGGGAAGUACCGUGACAUAGUACGACAGUUUAUCAAGGGCACCGAUGGAUUUUCAGGGGCGUUUGCUGAAUGCCUUUGUGGGAGCCCUAAUCUGUACCAGGAAGGUGGAAGGAAACCAUGGAAUAGUAUCAACUUUGUGUGUGCUCAUGAUGGCUUUACUUUGGUUGAUUUAGUGACUUAUAAUAACAAACAUAACUUGGCAAAUGGGGAAGACAACAAAGAUGGAGAGAACCACAAUAAUAGCUGGAACUGUGGACAGGAAGGAGAGUUUGCAAGCAUCUCUGUGAAGAAAUUGAGGAAACGCCAAAUGCGAAAUUUCUUCCUUUGUCUCAUGGUUUCUCAAGGUGUCCCUAUGAUUUAUAUGGGUGAUGAAUACGGGCACACAAAAGGAGGGAACAACAACACAUAUUGCCAUGAUAACUAUAUUAAUUACUGCCGGUGGGAUAAAAAGGAAGAGGCCUCAUCUGACUUCUUCCGAUUUUGCUGUCUUAUGACAAAGUUCCGCCAUGAAUCUGAGUCACUUGGCUUAAAUGACUUCCCAACAGCAGAAAGGUUACAGUGGCAUGGUCAUUCCCCUGGGUUGCCAGAUUGGUCUGAAACAAGCCGAUUUGUGGCAUUAACAUUGAUCGACUCGGUGAAGGGAGAAUUAUAUAUUGCCUUCAACACUAGCCAUUUGCCUGUCAUUGUCGCAUUGCCUGAACGGCCUGGUUACCGGUGGGAGCCCUUGGUUGACACCAGCAAGCCUGCACCGUAUGAUUUUCUCUGCAAUGAGCUCCCGGAAAGGGAGACGGCGAUCGAGCAGUAUGCACAUUUUCUUGAUGCCAAUUUCUACCCCAUGCUCAGUUAUUCUUCCAUUAUUCUGAUACUCUCGCUCAAUGAUAUUGCUUAG